CAUGGCAUCGUCUAACGUCGAGAUGAUCGACCGCCGAGACUACACUCCGAUCGCCGGCAGCACGCCCGUGUCCGGCGGCCUCUUCCACCUCCCGCCGCCCAGCGCCCUCGCCGCGCUCGUCCAGCGCAUCAAGGCCGACGUGCCGCACGCAGCUGAAGCGAUCGACGAGCUCACGCGCGUGCUCGCGGCGCCGCGCCUUCAAGUCGAAUCGCUCGGCGGGUCCAAGCCCAUCAAGCACUGGCGCGUGUCUUACACGCAAGAGCGCAACACCAAGCUGACCAUGUAUGCGAAGGAAGCGUGGCGUGAGUCCCACGACGACGCGGUCAAGGCCGAGGUCGCCGACCUCGUCGCGAUCCUCGUCGCCGAGCCCGCGCACCACGACGCGACACUGCGACUCCUGUACGAGUUUGUCGCGGGUGGCUUUGGGUUUGUCCAGAGCGCCUUGUACUUUGCGAUCAGCGACGCGCCAGGUCCGUUCCUCACCUUUCUCUCGUCCCAUCUCGUGGCCAAGUCGCCGCUCAUUUUGAGCGUGCUGCAGCAGCUCUGCGAGAACCACCACGCGCAGUGGCAAAGCCUCAUGCAUAUCGACGGGACAUCGUCGUGCCUCCUCCGCGCCUGCGAUCUGCUGGCGGCGCUCACAUCCGAGCCGCGCGUGCUCAACCUCGAGAACGUCCACAUGCUCUGCGAUGUGCUCAUGUUUCUCAGCGAGGCGUGCCAAGGUCCUUGCGCGCAGAACCAAGACCAGCUUCUCACGACGCGCGCCGUCGCGAUCGCGGCCGGCAUUGUUCUCUCGUCCCGCAAGGCGCCCGAGGCGUUUGACGACGCGGUGCCGACGAAGCUCCAGAUCACGCUGCAGCACCACGCGAGCGAUUUGCUGCUCGCGCUGCUCGAAGGCCGGUCGGACGCCCGGGUUCACAAGGCGCUCGUCGACGUCUUUCCAAUCCAGAAGGUCAUGACGCACUUUACGAGCAGCUUCCGCGCCAUCAACGAGAAGCUCGGCGCCAAGCGGCACCACUUUUUUUCACCCUUGAAGCUCCUCGAGAUGGCCCACUUUGCGCGGAUCUCGCCCGAUGCACUCAUGCGCGCGAUGCCCGAGUACAAGGGCGCGAUCAACCUCUUGCGCAUCGUCAAGAACAUGCUGCACCUCGACGAAGCGAUUGCGCCCGACACUGCGUGGCUCGAGUUUGCAUCCAAGUGGCGCGACUUCAAGCCAACGCGACCGUGA